AUGGUAAAUUCACCUGUUUCUGCAUCGAAUGAGCAACGAAAUGAUGAUCGUGUUUUUUCAUAUUUAAGCAAAGUUGAAGAUUUUGUCAUAUCUGAUAAACAACGUUCGGAAACAUUUUCUAAUUAUAUUAAACAUUUUGCUGAUCUUAAAUGUUCACUUUUACCAUCAUCAUUCACUACCGUUACACCAUUAUCAGUACAUGUAAAAGGCUUUGAACCUGAACAAAUUUAUCAACAGCUUAAAUCAAUAAAUGAUACACGAUUUAAACCAUUCGUAGCUACUAUUGCUAAAACGAAAACAAAACAAAAAACAUUUGGUAAUUUACUUCAACCACCGUCUCCUGAACCAUCAUUAAACGAAGAAAAUAAUGAUGACGAUGAAAUUAAUGAUGAAGAAAUAUUAACACCACCAAAAAAGACUCCAAAAAAGAAAAAAUCUGUUACAUUCUUUGAUUCAAAUGCUUUAAAUAAAUUUCUUGAUGAACAAGAUGUUCAAGAAAUGUCAAAUUUCAAUCGAAAGACAACACCUGAAGACGAAGAUGAUCUUGAAUUAGAUGAUGAUGAAGAUGACGGUGGUUUAUUUGCUGAUGAAGAUAAUGAAGGUGCAAUUUAUGAUAGUUUUUUCGAUCCACCAGAUGAGAAGAAAAAGAAGAAAAAUAAAAAAGAUAAAAUUGAAAAUAAAAAGAAUCAUAUGGAUUCGAAUCUGGAAAAUCUAGCAGAAGGUAAAGAAGAAGAACAAGAACAAGAAGAAGAUGAAGAAGAUUAUGAUGAUAUGAAUCUUGAAAAUAAAUCUGAUUUUGAAAAACAACAAAUACAUUUAAAACGUCAAAUAAAAUCAAUCGAAAAAGAUAUGUUAGAUGCUAAACCAUGGCAAUUAACAGGAGAAAUUGAAGGUCAAAGACGUCCAGAAAAUAGUUUACUUGAAGAAUAUCUACAAUAUGAUCGAACUACACGAUUACCUCCGGUAAUAACAAAUGAAACUACGGAUUCAUUAGAAGAUUUAAUAAAACAACGUAUACGUGAUAAAGUAUUUGAUGAUGUUGAACGAAAAAAGAAAAAUCCACAUGGUGAUGAAGCUCAAGCAUAUAAGAAAGAAAUUUUACUUGAACAUGAAAAAAGUAAAAUGAGUUUAGCAGAAGUUUAUGAACAAGAAUAUCUCAAAAAGCAAACAAAUGAUAAAACAGAAAAAAAAGACGAAAGACAUGAAACUAUUCGAAAUAUGAUGCAAGAUUUAUUUGUUGAUCUUGAUGCUUUAUCAAAUUUCAGAUUUACACCAAGACCACCUGUACCAGAAGUAACAAUAGUAAAUAAUUUACCUGCUAUUUUAGUUGAAGAAAUUGUACCAACAACAGUUAAUGAUUCGACAUUACUUGCACCAGAAGAAGUUCAUAUAAGACCAAAAGGUGAUGUUAAAGCAAGUACUGAACGAACUGAUACGGAUAAGAAACAUGCAAGACGUUUACUUAAACAUAAACAAAAAUUAAAAUCAAAAGAUGAACCAAAGAAAUCGACUCCAGAAGAAGAAUCGAAAGUAGAAAAACGAGAUUUAUUGAAAAAACUUGGUAAAAUGAAGAAUGUUCGAAUUGAAAAAACGGAUAAAAAUCGAUCAAAUGAAAAAACAGCUCGAAGUUCAACGAAAUUCUUCGAAAAACUUCAGCAAUCAACAUUAACAGCUCCAACAAAGAAACCUCGUCGUUCCGAUAGUACAACAAUUACAGAUUCUAAACGUUUGAAACUGUAG